UUUUUAUAAUCUAUCGCGCUUUAAUUCUCGCAAAGAGUUUUGUCAUGAAGGCUACCAUCAAGGCUAACCCCAACACAAGUUUGCUUCCGGUAAUGAAAAAAUCCAGAAAUAACAUGCGCGUAGGACUUUUUCCGAUCUUGGCUGUUCAAUACAGCGUGAGACUAGAACACAAACGUUCGUUUAUCAAAUGGAAAAUAGUUUACCCCAUGAAAUUGCAAGACUCGGUAGAGGGUGAAAAUGAAACGCAAGGCUCGUUUAUCAUACAUUUACCACCCAACCAGGCAAGGGCUUUUUUUAACAUUUUGUCAACAAUUGACAGUGAAGGGGAGGGACGAGUCAGUGUUGCUCGUAACCAGUCUUUUGGAACGGCAUUACAGCAAAUAUGGCGGUCGCUCGGCGGUUCGCAAGAGCUAUUGUAUUCCAAAACAGCAAAAGAUGUAAGUGCGUCCCUAUUCUUAAAUUGUGGUGCACAAAUCCAUGUAGAAAUUUUGUUGCCCGGUUUGUAAUUACCUGAUGAGUUUUUCAUAAGCUGUACUACAUGUUACAUUGAAGACACCUUGUAUUCAUGUCAACUUUUCACCAUUAAUUACUUUGCUAAUCUUAGAUCGUUGUCACAAUUAGGCACCCUCACAAACUUGCGAUUUUUUGGAAGAAAAAGAAGGCAAAAUACAGCACAAAGCCUAUAGCUUGGUUUGGAAGUGCAAAUAAUAGUUUCCAUGGUGACCACGUUUGGCCCGAGCCAGAUCCAGUGGAAAGUACGCUGACCAUCUCUAGGAACUCUGAGGACAACAUGACAGAAUAUGAAGAAAAAAAUUGGAAUAUAUUGGUGUAUAAUGUGUCUGCAAGUGGACGACACAAGCUUCUGGCAACUGGCUGCAUUGAUAUAAGUGAUUAUGUUAGUAAGAAGCUCAGGAAAUUUGAUGUGACGGUUACCCUUAAGCCAGCAAUAAAAAAUGUCCUCUCUGGAAAAAUUGAAUUUGAAUUAUCCUCUGUUAUCCGAGAAGACUGUCCCCCUGGAGGCUCAGAUGAAGAGAUAUGGGAUGAAAUAAUGCAGUCUGCCAGUGAGGAAAUGAUAAGAAAGAAAUCAGCUAGGAAAGCACAGAACCUCAAAUCCACGAAGGUUGCUGCCAAUAGCAAUGGUACCAGUUCAAGGGCUACAGACACCACUGCAAAGGAAGCCAGAAAAAAUGAAGCACAAGCUGCAAGUCCCUAUCAGUGCAAUGAACCUGAGGUGGAUUCCAAUGAUAGAAGCAAAGUUAGACUGGCUGAAAAAGCAAACAGGGGGUCGCUACUAUUCUGUGCCCCAACUUUCUCCCCUCCCCCAAAGCCAUGCCCACUUGCAAGGCAGGGGCCACCACAAUGCAGCCAGGAAACAACAUUUGCCCUCUGUGAAAAGCAACUUGAAUUAGGCUCUUUGUCUGCAUUGUCAACUCAAACUGUGUGCAAGAAAACUUUUGUUCAAGAUUUUGAAGCUCCUUCAAAUGAGGUGUACAGCUGCACCAAAAAGGAAAGCCUUGCAGACUCAGAGAAUCCUGACAUUAUAGGCUCUACUGUUCCUGUGAAGCCAAUCCUCAAAUGUGAAAAUUCCAAUUCAGCCAGUUAUAUUGAAGAAGAAUUGAAUCUAGUUCAAGCUGAACUAUCAUCUUUGAAGGAAGUCUGUUCCAAAAUAGAGCGUGAGUUGCAGGAAGUCGAGUCAGUAGAAGGUUUGUAAUCUCUUGAUUACAGCUGACCCAUUGCAUAACUGUAAGAGCUGUAAAAUGAAUUACCUUUGAAUUUCACUCUCCAAUACCUCAACAUAUUGAGCCCUUUCAUUCUUGAAUUU